UUGUCACAGAGCCAGCACUAUUCAUGGUGUACCACCAUGCAAGGUUUAUUAGAAUGAUAGAUUAGGAAACAAGCUAGAGCGUAGAUGAUAUACAAAGAAAAUGUCAGUUCUUUAUGUUUAACAUUGUACAAUAAGAAUGAUAAUUACAAAUUACAACGUGUACAGUAUAUAUUGUCAAGCGUUAGUGCUAGCAGUCUCUGGCCACGCCCACAACGGAAGUAGUCAAAAGACAAGUAAAGUCUGCUGCUUGGAGGAGGAGCUAUGCUCGCAGGUUCAUUGGCUGAGAGUGAGGAAGACGCUUGAGAAGCAAAUGUGUGACGUCUUUAACAGCUGGGGGAAGUAAAUCAAGGUUUGGUGCAAAACAGAAAGUUUUGUGCAUUAUUAGUUUUUAGAAUACGGUAUGAAAUCAACAUUUACGACAUUAUCGUUUGUCGCUUGAAUCUAAAUCCUAAGGACAAGACUGCUGUCAUGUCACUGAAUUAUUGACCGCACGACAUUCAAAGGUUGACAGUUCAGUAGCUAGAGAUGUGGCCUGAUUCUAAUCUGUUACUAUGUGUUACUACUGAUUUACCUGCAGUAAACCUACAGUAAAGUUGUUUGGAAAAACUGGCAUGUGGAGAAGAGCGGCGGUAAAUGGACCUUCGCUGUCAAACAAAUUACUAAUUGCAGGUUUUCAUGAUAAGGAAAUAAUGUCUCGUAAAUUGCACGCGAGAAGGAUUGAAGGAAUUGACAAAAAUAUAUGGGUGGAAUUCACUCAGCUGGCUGCCGAUUAUAAGGCUGUAAACCUGGGUCAAGGGUUCCCUGAUUUUCCCCCUCCUAGUUUCAUUCAAGAAGCCUUCUGCAAAGCAUUGAAUGGAGGUUUCUCCAUGCACCAGUACACACGUGCUUUUGGCCACCCAAAUCUUGUGAAGAUCCUGGCCAAGUUCUUCAGUAGGAUUGUUGGCCGGGAAAUAAAUCCGAUGGAGGAUAUCUUGGUUUCUGUUGGAGCAUAUCAAGCACUUUUCUGCACCUUCCAGGCUCUUAUUGAUGAGGGUGAUGAGGUGAUUAUUGUGGAGCCAUUCUUUGACUGUUAUCAGCCAAUGGUAAUGAUGGCAGGAGGAACAGCUAUAUAUGUGCCCCUUAAACCGAGGGAAGGCUGUGGUCCUGCUCUAUCCAGUGCUGACUGGGUGUUGUCUCCUGAAGAGUUGGCGAGUAAAUUUAGUGCUCGUACCAAAGCCAUUGUCAUUAACACUCCUAAUAACCCUCUUGGCAAGGUCUAUCUGCAGGAGGAACUUCAGGUGAUUGCUGACUUAUGCAUUAAACAUGAUGUCAUAUGCAUCAGCGACGAGGUGUAUGAGUGGCUCACAUAUGAUGGAACAAAACAUGUAAAGAUUGCCAGUCUGCCAGGUAUGUGGGAACGCACUGUCACCAUUGGGAGUGCUGGCAAGACUUUCAGUGCCACAGGGUGGAAGGUGGGUUGGGCAAUGGGAUCAGGACAUAUCCUGAAGCACUUAAAAACCGUUCAUCAGAACUCAGUGUAUCACUGUGCCACAGCUGCCCAGGAAGCUGUAGCAGUAGGUUUUCAGAGGGAAUAUGAUGUAUUCGGAACAGAGGACAGCUAUUUCCACCAGUUACCCCUCAGUCUUCAUGAAAAGCGACUAAGGCUGGCAGAUUGUCUGAAGAGCGUUGGCCUAAAACCCAUUCUGCCCCAGGGAGGAUACUUCAUGAUUGCAGAUAUCUCAAAUCUCAAUAUUGACCUUACCGACCCUAGUACUAAAGACGAACCCUAUGACUACAGAUUUGUGAAAUGGCUCGUAAAAGAGAAGGGACUCGCAACUAUCCCUGUAUCUGCAUUCUACAGCCCGGAACACAGAGAAGAAUUCCAGAAAUACAUCAGAUUCUGCUUUGUUAAGGAGGACUCAACCCUGCAAGCAGCAGAGGACAUUCUAAGGCAGUGGAGUGAAAGCAAAUGAAAUUUCAAAAUUCUCCACAAUCUGAAAAGCAUGUGAAUGCUUUUUUCUUUUCUUUUUUUUUCUUUUCUUUUUUUUUUGUAAGGAGAUGGCAAAGACAAAAUGAGAAUGGUUUGUAGCAGUUUACGAUAUAAAUAGUUAUUUAAAAAGCAAUUGUUAUUAUGCCUAAAGGGAUAGUUCAAGCUAAAAUGAAAUUACGUCAUCAGUUACUCAUCCUGAUGAUGUUCCAAUGCCGUAUGCCAUUCUUUCUUUACCGGACCACAAAAGAAGAAAUUUUAAAGAACUUCCCUCUCCCACUCAUACAUAUAAUGGCAGUGAAUAUAUUGACCAGAAUCAAGGUUUUAAAAAAAAAAAAAAAAAAGCACCCAAAAGUAUAAUAGAACGGUCCAAUUUUACAUGUGUCGUAUUUUCAGAGUAUUCUGGGGGUAUAUGAUGUGGUUUAGUAAAAAACAAACAAACAGAAAUUUAAUGUAUUAUUUAACAAAAAUCCUGACCUUGGCUGUUCUUUUUCUGUGCUCGGCACGUGUUCGUGAGACUUUAACAGACAGUUCACAGUUAUUCAUAACAGUUCACUCCGACUCGUCCAGAAAAAGCACACAAGUAGUGGGACAUUUUUUAAAAAUUUAUCCUUUUGUGGUCUGAAAAAUAAAGAAAGGCAUACUGCAUUAAAACAACACCAGGGUGAGUAAAUAAUGACUUUAUUUUCAUUUUAUUAUGAACUAUCCCUUUGAGGUUGAAUAUAUAAUACCUAAACAGAGAGAUGAAAAGCUUGCAUGGCAAAUGGGGUUAAAAAAUGAAACAAAAAUUUUCACCCUGCAUUACACUUCUUAUUUCUGCCUUCUUUUUGUGUUCUAUUUAGUUUUAUGUUCUUGAAUGUACAAUUGAGGAUCAUUGCUGCCAUGAUAAUAUUCAAAAUAAUAUAAUUUUGUGCUUAAAAGCAUAUUAGUAUGUGGAAUCUUUUUAGUUGGUUAAGCAGUAUUGUGCUUUGUCAUGUUCUCAUUUUUGUUGUUGUUUGUCAUCAUGUUGUUAUAUAUUUGCUAUCAUUUGGAUUACACUUUAAACUGCAACACUGCCCGUUAUUACUGUUGACUCCACUCCAAGUUAUAAAUGACUCAUUAAUAGAUUUCUCUUAAUGUUAAACUGUUUUAUCAAAUUACUCAAUGUAAGUAUUAUGUUUAGCAACUUUUCUCAUAAAAUAUUCUAAACUACCUCUUGCGUCUGCAUGUAAAACUUUUUUUAUAGAUGAUCUAGACACUGUCACCAUUUACAUAAAUAUGUUCAGAAAAACGCAAUAAAGUCUCAUUGUCACACACUGGUUUGUUUUAAAUAAAGAACACACAUUAUCGAUUGCAGCAUAAUUGUAAUAAAACAAAUUUGAAAAUA